ACUAAAAUAGUAAUUGUGCAUUCUCUUCUUGUCCUAUAUAAAGCUUUCCUUCUGACAUUGUAAUGUGUAGUUCUUGUGAGAGAAAAAGAGAUACAUAAGGAAGUAGCAAGAAAUAUGGCUAACUUUGAUAUGGCUAACUUUCAAGAGUGCAUGAGAAAUUUCGCUGCUCAGACUGGAGGUUUUGUGAGGGAUGGUUGCCAACAAUACCUAGAAAAUCCAACAGCACCAGAGCCAAACACAUGUGCAGCUUGUGGUUGUCAUCGUAACUUUCAUCGCAUGGUAAUUAUAAGAAAUCAUGUUCAUGGCCCAAACAAUGAAGCAGGCAACAAUGAGCAAAACAAUGUUCUACAAGUUGAGAAUCCUAACGAGAGGCUCCCUCGAACACGCUUCAGUGAUUACCAAAGGCAUAGAAUGAACCAGUAUGCAGGCCAGCUUCAUUGGAUAAUGCCAAGGAGUGCUGUUGGAAAUGCAGAGCUAGCAAGCUUUUGUGCGGAAAUUGGAAUUACUCGACAUAGUUUUCAAAUUUGGAUGAAUAAUCAAAGGAACAGACGCUAG